CAACCCCGCCAAGUCACUCCUUGUCCGGCUUCACCAACUCCAUCCCAGUGUCCUUGUCCUCAGAGAUCCGGACCUCCAGCAGUCAACGCAGUUUCAAGUACUGAUUCUUCUUUGUGAUACCCCAAGUCUUUGUUCUUUUUUCCAAGGUAUGAGUCUCCUUUGCCUCUCAAUGCAUCCCAGUAUCACCUUAUCUAAUUUUGCCCCGCCUUGAAUUUCACUGACCGCCUCCAGCAGACCGCAAACUCGAUUGCAAUAUGUCAGACAACAAGGUCUAUCGCGCCAGCACCACGGCACCUGUCAACAUUGCCGUCGUCAAGUACUGGGGUAAGCGCGACCCGAAGCUCAACCUCCCCACCAACAGCUCCCUCUCCGUCACCCUCUCCCAAGCCGACCUCCGAACCCUGACGACGGCAUCCUGCUCCGCCAACUACCCCGAAGGUGAUAGCCUCAUUCUCAACGGCGAAGCCUCCGAUGUCUCGGGCGCCCGCACACAGGCCUGCUUCCGCGAGCUGCGCGCCCGCCGCGCCGCCCUCGAGGAGAAGACCCCCUCCCUCCCGAAGCUCUCCAAGCUGCCCCUGAAGAUCGUCACCGAGAACAACUUCCCCACCGCCGCCGGACUCGCCUCCUCGGCCGCCGGCUUCGCCGCCCUCGUCCGCGCCAUCGCCGACCUCUACGAGCUCCCCGAGUCCCCCUCUGAGCUGUCCCUCAUCGCGAGACAGGGCUCCGGCUCCGCGUGCCGCAGUCUGUUUGGCGGAUAUGUCGCGUGGAGAAUGGGCGACAAGGCGGACGGCACGGAUUCCAAGGCCGACCUCGUUGCCGAGGCGUCGCACUGGCCCGAGAUGCGCGCCCUGAUCCUGGUCGUCAGCGCGGCCAAGAAGGGCGUCUCGUCGACUUCGGGCAUGCAGCAGACGGUCGCGACGUCGGGCCUGUUCAAGCAGCGCGUUGCCGAGGUCGUGCCGAAGCACAUGGGCGAGAUGGAGGAGGCCAUUGCCAAGCGCGACUUUGAAAAGUUUGCCGAGGUCACCAUGCGCGACUCCAACUCGUUCCACUCCUCGUGCGCGGAUACCUACCCUCCCAUCUUUUACAUGAACGACGUCUCGCGUGCCGCCAUCCGCGCCGUGGAGCAGAUCAAUGCCGCUGCUGGAAAGACUAUUGCUGCGUACACCUUUGACGCCGGCCCGAACGCUGUCAUCUACUACCUUGAGGAGAAUGCCGCUGCUGUCGUUGGUGCUUUCUCCCCUGUCUUGGGAUCCGUCGGUGGAUGGAAGGAAGGCGCCAAGGAUCUCAAGUCCUCUGUGGCCUUGGACGAGACUGUUGCCGGUAUCAUCCAGAGCGGUGUCAGCCGUGUUAUCCAGACUGGCGUUGGCGAGGGCCCGAUCAAGUCCGACAUUUACCUUGUUGGCGAGGAUGGUGAGCCGGUUAAGCGGUAAUCUGUUCAGUCCAUUUUUGGCGGCAUCUAAACAAGCUUCAAGUUGCUCAAAAGUCCUCUUUGUGCGUAUAUAAACACUUAAUUAAAUACCACUUCGAAUUCCUGCUAG